AUGAAAACUAUCGUAAUCAUAUUCAUCUUAAUCACCUUAAUAUAUUCAACUCCAUUAACAUGUAAUGAGGCUAUGACAAUCGCAGAAUGUACAGAUAUAAUUAAUGGCAUGUAAUGUUCAAUUCCCUAAAAUAGACAUGAAUGUAUUUGGUUUGAUAAUAAAUGUUAAUUCAAAACAUGUUAACAUUCUUCAAUUCCUUGUGAUGGAUUAGUCUAUUAAGGUGAAUUAUGUUCAAACAGUAAAUAAGGAUGUUAAUCAAUUAAAAAAUGUUCAGAUAUUGACAAUUAAGAAUCCUGUACAAUUCUUAAACCAUAUGGUAUUGAAUGUUUUUGGGAUUAAUAAUGCAUUUAAAAGAAUUGUUAACAUAAUUCUAUAUCAAAUUGUAAAUUAACAAAUGGAUAAAAAUGUAUUUAUUAGCAUCAAAAAUGUUCAUCAAUUAAUUAGUGCAAUGAUAUUAUUGAAAAAUCAAGUUGUUUAGUGUCUUAAAUUUAAGGAUUAAAUUGCAUUUGGAUGAAUAAUAAAUGUGCUGAAAACUCUUGCUUAGCUAUCUCAACUAAAGUUAUUUAUUAAUAUUAUAAAUUUAGGAAGAAUGUUUUAAAAGUAUUCGAAAUUCAGAAAAAUGUUUUUUCACUCAAAAUCAAAGCAAUGAUAAUUCAUGUAUAAGUUGUUCAUUAUUAACUUAAUAAUGCAAAUGCGAUGAAUAUAUGAUUUUUGGUUGUUAAUGGUAAAAUAACUCUUGUUAAGAACUUUCAUGUUCUACAUAUUUAAAUUAGAUUUAAUGUAGAGAUGACUCAUAAUGUAUUUGGUAUAAACCAAUGAAUAAAUGUUUAACUAUCUAAGAAGCUUCUUAAAAUGACAGAGCUUGUGAUAUUUACAUAUUUAGUACCAUUUUACACAUUUGCACAAUCUUUCUUUUAUUAGCUUUUUGGUGAUAUAUCAAUCAUUAUUAUAAUUUAUAUUUUAUAAUAUUUAUAUUUUUUUUUCGAGAGUAUUUUCAAAUAUAAAUAAAAAAUACUUCUAAAAAGGUUCAGUAAAAAUAAAUCACAAAUUAAUGCUAAAAAGUACAAAAUUAGAUUAAUAUAAGUAAAACUAUUAUAAAAAUCUUCCAUAAUUCAAAUAAAUACUCCCACAAUUCUAUCCAUUUGAUUUGGUCUACUGACUAUCCUUAAAUUUACUAUUUUUAUAAUUCUCUCAUUCUUAAAUUCGAAUUUGUUUCAUUUUUGACAGAUUAUAUUUUGAUUGGUUAAAUUUAAUACAUGGCCUAAUUGGUUUAAGUUUGA